AUGGCCCUGCAGCAGCGGGGCGUCGUUGCGAAGGGCGAGCUGCUGCUGCUGCUGCUGCUGCAGCUGUUGCUGCUGCUGCAGCUGCUGCUGCCAUUCGGGGUAUCUCGAGCUGCUGCGUUCAGUCUUCCUGCUGCAGGCCCUUCCUCUCAGUCGCCGCUGUCUUCGCCAGCAGCAGCAGCGGGAGCAGCGACAGGCAGAACCGCAGCAACAGAAGCUGCAGCAGCAACGCGAGCAGCAGCAGCAGCAGCAGCAGCAAAACGGCACACCGCACAGCUGCAUGCACACUUCCGUGAGAAGAAGCUGAUCCCCUGUAACUCUGCACAGACUUCUACUGUUGUUGUUGCUGCUGCUGCUGCCUCUAUCCCUUCUGCUGCUGCUGAAGACACAGCAGCAGCACCAAGUGCUGGAUCAUGUCCAGCAGCAGCAGCAGCAGCAGCACCUGCUGCUGCUGCUCUUGACGCAUGGCCUCAGCGGCAGACCUUUCCAUCCCCUUUGGCUACUCGAGGCACAUGCAGCAGCAGCAAUAGCAGCAGCAGCAGCAACAGCAGCAGCAGCAACAGCAGCAGCAGCAGCAACAGCAGCAGCAGCAGCAACAGCAGCAGCAGCAGCAGGAGGCGUCACUUGGUAGUAAUAGAUUGGAGCGACCGAGUGGUGCCGUAUGAUAUAGCUUGGGAAGUGCAGCAUUUGCUGCUGCAGCUGCAGCUGCUGCAGCUAGACGGCCACCUACAACCCCACACCCCUCAGCAGCAGCAGCAGCAGCAGCAGCAGCUACCUGGAGUGGCUCCUCGUCAGGUGUAUGGAGAGACAGCCUGCGACUUCGUUUUAUUAAUGCAGCACUCUGCUGUAUAUACACUCGGGCAAGCCUCAAAAGAUUGCUUCUUGCAGCAGCAACUUAGAGACAAGGAGCAGCUGCUGCAGCUACCGCAGCAGCUGCAGCAGCUGCUGCGCACCCCACAAGGCAUUCAGAUAGCAGCAAAGCAGCUCGAUGCUGCUGUAGCCACCCGCUCUGCUGUAGAAACAGAAGCAGCCAAAAAAGCAGCAGCAGCAGCAGCAGCAGCAACAACAACAACAAAAACUACAUCAGCAGCAGCAGCAUCAGCAGCAUCAGCAGCAGCAGCAGCAGCAGCAGCAGCAGCAGCAGCAAAAGUAUAUAGAGUAGAAAGAGGAGGCGAAGUUUCUUGGCAUGGGCCGGGGCAGCUGCUGCUCUACCCUAUCUUUGACCUGCGGAGACACCGCAGCGAUAUUCGCUGCUUCGUCAGCAGCUUAGAACAAGUUGCUGCAGAUACACUUACUCAGCUCUGGAAUCAGCAGCAGCAGCUGGUGCUGCUGCAGCAGCAGCAGCAGCAAGAGCAGCAGCAGCAGCAGCAGCAAGAGCAGCAGCAGCAGCAGCAGCAAGAGCUGCAGCAGCAGCAGCAAGAGCAGCAGCAGCAGCAGCAAGAGCUGCAGCAGCAGCACAAACAGCAACAGCAGCAGCAAGAGCAUCAACAGGAGCAGCAGCAGGAGCAGCACAAGGAUGAGCAGGCGCAGCAAGAGCAGCAUGAGGAGGAAGAUAGCGGAGAGCUUUUAUCAGAUAGUUUGCUGCAGCUGCGUAGACACCUGAAGAUGCCAGGUGUAUGGGCAGGUGCGGAGAAGAUUGCUGCUGUCGGUUUGCGGCUUAGAAGGUGGAUUUCUUUUCACGGUUUGUCUGUUAAUAUAAAUAACUCUUUUAAAUACUUUUGCUUUAUUGUUGCAUGCGGGCUUCAGCAUAAAACCACAACAAAUGCUCUCAGGUGGAUGCAGCAACUCCUGCUGCAGCAGCAGCAGCAAAAACAGCAGCAAGAGCAGCAGCAGAAGCAGCAGGAAUGCCGGCAGCAGCAGCAGGAACAGCAGCAGCAACAGCAGCAACAGCGGGAACAGCAACAACAACAACAGCAGCUGCAGCAGCUGCUGCUGCUGCAGCAGCAGUUGGAGGGGGAUCCUGCUUCACCUUUAAUUGCUGCUGCAGCUCGAGGCAUUGUUCGCUCUCUUACAAAUAUCUUCGGCUUCUCUUCUGUUACAACCACCAAGCGACUAACAGACGCAAUACAGCUAGCUACAGCUAGCAGGAGCUAG